AUGAUGUGUGGCAGGACUCAGGAAGUGGUGAUGAAACAAAGGUAGAGAAAGCAGAAGUGUGUCUGGCGCAGAGACUCUGCCAGACACCCGCGCUCAGUGGAGAGUCUGGCAUCCAUGAGUGACACCAUGACAUUCAACUGCACAUUUGACGAGGUGGACGAGCUGAUGAAAUAUUUGGAGCUGGCCAUCUACGUUCCCAUAUUCGUCUUUGGUCUGAUCCUGAAUGUCAUCGCGCUUAUGGUGUUCUGCAUCUUUAUGCGAAAAUGGACCGAGACCACGAUCUACAUGACCAGCUUGGCUCUCAUGGACGUGCUGCUCCUCUUCCCUCUUCCCUUCAAAAUGCACGCUACCAACAACGAGUGGGCUGCCUCCUUGCACCCUUUCUGCUCAGUCUUGGAGAGCCUGUACUUUGUCGGGAUAUAUGGCAGCAUCUACACCAUCAUGUGUAUAGCCCUGGACCGGUGGGUGGCUAUUUGUCACCCAUAUAAAGCCAAGUGGCUGCGCUCGCCCAAAGCAGCUCUAGGGACCUGCAUGGGGGUUUGGGGGCUGGUGCUGGCAGUGCUCUUUCCAACUGUCCAUGGCUUCAGGGAGGCCGCAAAGGCGGAUUUCCAGUGCUUCCACGAGUUUUCAAACAAAGGUUGGAGCCCCCCUGUGAUCAUCUGCCUGCAGCUGUUUGGGUUCCUGCUGCCUGCCCUGGUGGUGGUCUGCUGCUCAGUGCAGAGCAUCCGAGCUCUUCGGCGAUCCGGUGAGCACAGCCCCAAGAGCCGGGCCUGUGUGAGGGUCAUCUACAGCAGCCUUGGCGCCUUCCUGUUGCCCUUCACCCCGAGCCACCUCGGCAUCCUCCUGCAGUUCCUGGUGCACCAAGGAGUCAUUCAGGAAUGCAGCCACAAGACCAGGAUCAGCGUGUUCAUACAGGUAGCCAUGUGUCUGUCCAACAUCACCUGCUGCCUGGACGCUUUCUGCUACUACUUCAUCGCCAGCGAGGUGAGGAGCUCCAAAGACACCUACAGGAGGUCGUUCAGCCAGAGAAGAGCCACGUUCAGCACGUCAGAGGUCUGA